UACAGGAAGCAAACUGAGUAGCAAGAGAGCGGGCAACAGCAGCCAGAGCAGCAACGAUGGCUAACGGUACCAGCUCUGUUGCGUCAUCGUCUGCGUCCUCGUCAGGGACUAGUGGGAGCCAGUUGGGAAUGCCAACGAGUUCCACAAGUUCCGCGGGCACUUCCGGUUCAACAGGUUCUAGACAGUCUUCUAGUCAAAUGGCGGGCUUGCAGUUCAGCUCGUUGACCCUACGUGAGACAGAGCUCAGAGAGAUCCAACAGGUCGAGAGGCUCCGCCAACAGUUAGAGGAGGAUCUGAAGAAAGCAACCGAUAGAGAAAGAGAGAUAAAAAGUAGAGCGGCCAGACUUGAUACGUUAGAGGCUGACAAGGCUGCGUUAGAGGGAUUGGACGAAACGGGUUUGUCUGACCCCCUGAAAGUGUUGAAGAACAACAUGUUGUCACUGCAUGCACACGUUGACAGUAGGUUGGACUUCAUGCAGAGCACUUUGGACCAGAUCCUGGAUGCAUUGACAAGGCCAGGAUUCCGGCCACCAGCACAAUCGUCGUUGCCGUUAACGGCGAUGUCAGGCCCCUUUCCUGUACAAGUUGGCACACAGCCAAGUGGUACGUCUGCAGCAGUCUCACAGACUAUUGCGUCUUCUUCUUCGGGUCCAGCGGUGGUUGCUACACCACCGCAACAAUCUGUUCCUCCACAGGGACAGCAGCAAGGGCAUUGGUACCCUAAGACCCCGAUGAAACCGCCUCUUCCCUUCUCAGGGGAAAGAAAGGACAAAGAACUCAACACUUGGUUGAGAACAGUCCCUGUUUGGGUGAAGGCCAAGAGAACCUUGCUAGAGGACGAAGUGGUAACUGCGGCAUCUUACCUGGAGGGUAAGGCAGCCAAGUGGUUAGAUAGUGUAGUUAUAAAGGACUGGUAUGGGAGACGCAUGGCGGACUGGGCUAAGUCUCUGACGUUAGACUAGUCAGUUAAAGAGCUUACGACUACCGUUGAGAGCCUGAUCCUCGUCCCAGACAUCAACUACAGUGACCAGUUCCUGUUAACAACGUUUGUUAGAUGUUUGCCAGAGAACAUCAGGAACUUGCUGGCCAGUGAGGCACGCACCGAGUACCACUCGUUUGAGACAUUGUCUAGGAAAGCCUUAGACUUAGAGGCCACGCUAGGCAAUGCUCAACCCACCUCAGGGAAUGACUCAAAGAAGAAGAAGAGUCCUCAGGAGUGGAAGAAGAAGGGGGCGAAGUUGAUGAUGGUGGAGUCUGAUGGGACUCAAACUGAGAUCGACGAGCUCACCGACCUGAUGGACUAUAUAGAGUUUGACGGCGAGGAGGUAGCUGAGGGUAGCACCCUCGCCGCGGUAGUUAAGACUAAGGCGGCAGGCCGAGGAAAGGGCCAGCCUAGGGGUCAAGGGAAGGCCGCCUCCAAUCAGACCAAGCAGGCUGAGUGGGUAAAGGCAGGUCUUCAACAAGACGUGUGGCGUGACCGCCGAACGCAUGGGAGUAAGACCCCAAAGGGAAGGAUCUAUAGGAUGGCCCCUGCCGAGUUAGAUGAACUUCGGAAGCAACUCGAGGAGCUGACAGAGAAGGGAUGGAUUCGGCCUAGUACUUCCCCUUACGGAUCGCCCGUGCUAUUCGUACCGAAGAAGGGGGGUACUUUGAGGAUGUGCAUUGACUAUAGAGGCCUCAAUGCCAUCACUGUGAAGAACGCAGAGCCUCUACCUCGCAUAGACGACCUAUUGGAUAGGGUGCAGGAAUGCAAGUACUAUAGCAAGAUAGACUUGAAAUCCGGAUAUCACCAGAUCGCAAUAAGACCUGAGGACCAACACAAGACAGCUUUUCAGACUCGUUAUGGUCUGUAUGAGUUUGUAGUGAUGCCCUUUGGUCUUUGUGAUGCGCCGGGUACGUUCCAGCACGCUAUGAAUCGGAUCUUCCAUGACCAUUUAGAUAAGUUUGUCGUGGUCUACUUAGACGACAUUCUGAUCUUUAGUAAGUCUGCUGAGGAGCAUGCAAAGCAAGUUGAGACAGUUCUCUCACUCCUACGACAGCACAAGUAUAAGGUCAACUUAGAGAAGUGUGAGUUCGGUCGCACUAAAAUACUAUACUUGGGUCACGAAGUAUCCGCGGAGGGAAUUAGGCCGGAAGAUGCGAAGGUGGCUAGUAUUCGAGACUGGCCACGACCUCAGACUGUCACUGAGGUCAGGUCAUUCUUAGGAAUGUGCGGCUAUUAUAGGAACUUCGUAAAGAACUAUUCUACAAUCGCCUCUCCUUUGACUGAUUUAACUCGACUUGACACACCGUGGGACUGGAGUGAUGAGUGCGAGGGUGCUUUCAAGAGAUUGAAGCAUGCACUCAUGAAUCAUGAAGUUCUCAUGGUUCCCGAUCCGCAGAAGUCAUUCAUAGUGACCACUGACGCAAGCCAAUACGGCAUUGGUGCAGUGCUGGCUCAGCAGGAUGGGAAAAAGUUGAGACCGAUUGAGUACAUGAGUAAGAAGAUGCCAUCGAAGAAGUUGGCUAAGUCCACCUACGAAAGGGAACUCUAUGCUCUGUACAAGGCACUUGUCCAUUGGAGACACUUCCUUUUCGGAAGGACGGAAUACGUCAUCAAGUUGUUCAAGGACAACUGGGUAAGGGACUUUGGUUUACCAAAGACCAUCAUUAGUGAUCGAGACGUCCGAUUCACAAGUGAGCUGUGGAAGAAGACUGCGGAACAGAUGGGCAGUCAACUUCAGAUGACUUCAGGGAAUCAUCCCGAAGCCAACGGACAGGCCGAACAAAUGAAUAGAGUUGUACAACACUUGUUGAGGCACUACAUCAAGCCCAGCCAGGAUGACUGGGAUGAGCAGUUACCUCUCAUCGCCAGCCUGUACAACAAUGCUAUACAUAGCAGUACCGACGUUAGUCCUAACCAGCUGCACUUAGGAUGGAAGCCUAGAUCAGCACUAGACUUCCUCCUACCUGAAAACCGACCCGCUGCAACUCCAGGCACACUUGAAUACGGUGUGCAAUAUGAGAARUUGCUGCAAGAGGCUGUUGAACAUAUGAAGAAGGCUCAGCAAGCCAUGAUUGCUUCUGAGAAUCAACAUCGCAGACAGUCCACAUUUCAGUUUAGCCAGCCACUCCAGCUCCCUCAGGCCGACCUGGAGAUUCAGGAGGCAUUACACAUCCGGAUUCAGCUACAAGCCGAAGUUAGUGACGCAGAGGACAGGGAAGCCAUACUAGCGAGUAGGGGAGACAAUGACGAGGCUAGGCCAGAGGGAAUGGGUGAGAAUGGCUCUGCAGGCAUGCAAAGUAGGCAUGUAGGAUUCCAAGUCCGCGUGGGAGAGAACGGGGACAUCUUUCCUUUCCGGCCAGGUUCUGAUACAGAGGGUGCACAGAAGGAAUGGGAAAAUGUUUCCAUCCUUAGGUACGCUGCCGAGUGUCAGGACUGCAAGGCAGCCUAUGCCUGUCUCACCGUCGAUGCUGAGAGUGUCGCCGGUGUCAGGUCUUUCUAUUCCUAGGUUUGGUAUUGAUCCAUCAGAUGGGUCGUUAGCAGUAGAUAUGCAGGCUUAGAAAGUUUAUUCUUCUUCUUCUUCUCAGAUGGUUGCUGCUACAAAGC